AUGGAAAUUGGAAAUGUUACUUUGAGAUCGAAAGGAAUUAAUAUCCUUACUAGCGCUAUUCAUCCAAAACAUGGAUUGGUUUGGACAGAUGGCAAAUGUAUCUUCCUUGCCAGAUUUAAAAUUGUCAAAAACCAAGUGGAACAUGGAAAAUCUGUCAAGCUUAAAGAAUUUGAUUCUGUUCGCUGCGUUCAGUGGAGCCAGACUGAUGGAAUAUGUUACUUGAGUAUUGCACAUAAGGAGUGUGUUACUGUCUGGAAAGUGGAAGGAGAAGUGCCUCGGUUAGAGUUUAAACAGAUUCGGAAAAUUUCUAUUCAAAUACUCCCUCAAGGUUGUCAAUGGAAUCCUUGUCGAGAAGUCCUUUGUCUUCUUAGCAGACACCAAGUCCGAUUUUUCUACAGACAUGGCAAGACUCGAGGCUGCUAUGCCAUUCCAGCUUUAGAAAGUGGCAGAAUAACUUGUGGUUCCUGGUCAAAAGAUGGCUUGAAAUUAGUUGUCUGUGUUGGUUCAGCUUUAUUAAUAUAUUCUUGGAAAAGUAUUGAUUGUGCCAUAAGUGAAUUUGAAACACAUGCCUGGAAUGUCCCAAAGUUAAAUGGUGAUAUCACAGCAAUUGCAUCUAUGACAACCAAUCUUUUUGCAUUGGCAGCUGAAGUCCCAAUAUCUUCGUUUUGUUUGCCUAGUAAUGUGUUUGUUCUGUCAGAUUCUUCAAGUUCAAGAUUAGGUUCCUCUGACAGUAAUGGAAAUGAAAACCAAAUUAUUGAAGUUCCUGAAAUGACAAAUACACAAAAAUUAAUGAAUUUAAAACAAAAUCCAGAGCUUCAAGAAAAUAAUUUAUCUCGGCUGGUUAUUAUCCAUGUGAAAGAUGACAUGAAGGACCUGGAAUAUGUGACAAAUGUUAGCAUUAAAGAAAUCAUUUCACCUGACAUACUUCAUUAUGAGACUGCAAGAAAUGUUUUGGUAAUUGGAAGCAAUACUCAUCCUCGACUUCAACUUUUCACUCUUACCAGUGACAAAGAACUUCUAAAGCUAGCCAAUGUGGUAAAUGAGAUUUUUUUUUUUUCCUUUUCCUUUUUAUAUACCAGUGCAAACAGAAUCAAGUGA